AUGCAUCCAUUCACAGGUUUAGCUAAAGGAUUCACUGAUCUACAACGUAUGGGGGUUGGACUUUUCGUCUCUGUUUUGAGCUUGGCAGCUGCAGCUAUCGUUGAGAUGGUUCCGUUACGGUUGGUACGAGAACUUGAUCUGGUUGAUAAUUUGGCACUCGGUUUUGGUGUGAAUUCAAUCUGA